AGGGUGCAGGUAUGGGACAUCUGUGGGCUGGGAGAAAAGAGGGGUCUGGGGAUGCUAAGAAAGGGCUUAGAAGUCUGGUACAAAACACUUAUGGCAAAAGACAUUCUGUGUUGCCAAACAAAUGCUGGGAUACCAAGUUUGUCAAAACUGAGAAGAAGUUGACAUUUGUCUCCAAUCCUGUAUGCAAACCUGUCUGUUCUCUUCUCAUCCCCCCUGCCUGCUCAGCACCUGCUGCUGCCAGAUGCCCCCACUGUGAGCAUGGGGGCCCACUGCAGGAAGACAGCACAGAAAGCUCUUCACAUCUGCAUUUCUGAGCUUGGAGCCUGCUCUGCAAAUGACUGUAAAGGAAGGGAAGGAGAAGACAAGGGAUUUGCAUCCAGAUUGCUGCUCUUUGCCGUGGCUCUCCCUGCUGUCCUGGCUCAGUGCACAGGGACUCUCCAGACACACAGCAGCACCCUGAAAAUUCUGUUCUCAUUUUCAGGUUUCAUUUCACUUUUUUACUCUGUCCUCCAUGCCACAGGAGAGCAAGAAGGGGACAGUGUCAGGCACAAAGCUGGGAGAAAUCCUCAGGUGCCCUGUGCUUACUCUGCAACAGAGAGAAAGAAAGAUGCUGCAAAUCAGUAAAGAUGCUUCACCACAUGUAGCUGUUGUGCUGGGUACACAGAAAUGAGGAGAAGGAGGAGAGAAGAGAUGAGGACGGCGAGGACACAUCCUCAUUCUCUCUAUUUUGCUGCUCUGCUACAUCCGCACAUGUCAGUCUCUCCCAUCGUCUAUGUGUGUGGUUGUGAUACACCUCAGGAUAAACGAGGAAGAAAUACGCUAUUGGCUAUUUCCUACAUGGUGUGUCAUCUGGCAGGCGGUAUAUAUCACAGGGAAAGCAGGGACCACUCAGUCUCUAAGCAAAGCUGCUUCAGUGUAUAUAGCUCAGAGACACUUUGAGGAUGGAAAGAAAAGGGAAAAGCAGCCCUUGCUUUUCUGAUUCUGACAAGCUCUAAAAAUACCCGACAGAUGAAGGACUAUGUGGAAAACAAAUCCAGUGGAUUUCCAAGAAGUUGUUGUGGGACAGAAGCAGAACAGUGUCCAGAAAGGAAAUAUUAACUAGGAUUUCUUCCUGGGUGCAGAGAAGAAAGUGUUGGGCAUCUCUGAUAUUUCAGCAUCUGAGUCAGCUUCUGUACAUAGGACAUAUGGGACUGAAAAACGACAGCAGCUGGAGAGUUUCUGAAACAAAGUUCCCAUGCAGUCAGCAUAGGAACAAGGACCCGUUUACCCACUCUUCUAUGUAGUUUGCAACCACAGGGCAGAUUUUUAAAAUGCAAGGGAGUGUGUGCCCUCCUGCAACCACUGACUGUAGCACCUGAGCUGCCAGUAAAGAAGGGCAGGAGGAACAAGCAGCCUGCCCAGGGACACACGCAGUGCUGGAGCUUUGGCUUCCCAAGCCAUGAGCAGGCACACGUGGUUCCCACUGCAGUACAUCUCCAAGCCCCUCUGGAGAGCAGAGAAUAACAGCACAACCAACUUCUUCUCUGCACUGUAUGGCUUUCCUAACAAAUCUUUUUUCCACAGUGACUUGGACCUGGAGGACCUAGGGGACUUUGGCAGUGGGACCCAAUACGAGGGUGAGUCUCAGAGCCGGACAGUGAAGGCACUGCUGAUUCUAGCCUACUCUGUGAUCAUCUGCAUCUCACUCUUUGGCAACAUCCUGGUGUGCCACGUGGUGAUCAAGAACAAAAGGAUGCACUCAGCCACCAGCCUCUUCAUCGUCAACCUGGCCGUUGCCGACGUGAUGAUCACCAUUCUGAACACCCCCUUCACGCUGGUGCGGUUUGUAAGCAGUACCUGGGUUUUUGGAAAGCUGAUGUGUCACGUAAGCCGGUUUGUUCAGUACUGCUCUGUUCAUGUGUCUGUGCUGACCCUUGCAGCCAUCGCUCUGGACCGGCAUCAGGUUAUUAUGCACCCUCUGAAGCCACGCAUGUCCAUGGUGAAAGGAGGAAUUUGCAUCAUUAUCAUCUGGGUUAUGGCAAGCUGCUUCUCACUGCCUCAUGCCAUUUAUCAGACUUUGACAAGAUUUUAUAUUGGAAACAGAACAAUACGAAUGGUCUGCCUUCCCAGCUUCCCUCCUCCUGCUGAUCUUUUCUGGAAGUAUUUGGAUUUGACUACUUUUGUGCUCUUGUAUGUCCUGCCCUUGCUUGUCAUCUCCAUCACAUAUACCAUGGUGGCCAAGAAGCUCUGGCUGAGAAACGCCAUCGGGGAUCUCACCAUGCAGCAAUACUAUGCCCAUCAACGGAAAAAGAAGAUGACACUGAAGAUGCUGAUGGUGGUGGUGGUUGUGUUUGCAGUGUGCUGGUUCCCCCUGAACUGCUAUGUGGUGUUGAUCUCCUGUAGGGCCAUCCACAGUAGCAAUGCUCUGUACUUUGCUUUUCACUGGUUUGCCAUGAGCAGCACCUGCUACAAUCCCUUCAUUUACUGCUGGUUGAAUGAGAACUUCAGAUCUGAGUUGAAGUCCCUGCUGUGUGUGUGCCAGCGAAGUAGCGCAGCCCAGAGUCAUGCUCUGCAGUCCAUCUCCCCCUCUUUCAGGCAUGCCUGGGUUGAGAACUGCCAUUAUAAAAGAGGCAGUGCCUGCCAGAAGGCAGGAGUAUCCUCCCAGAGGAACUCUGCAAAGACAGAUAUAUCUAGUGUUCAGCCAUCUGCGGCAGAAAACUAAAGCCUUCAUCUGAUGGCCAGGCA